CCAGCAGUCUGGAUUAGCUGUCCACGUAAUUUUGUUGAAAAUUCGUCAAAUAUCACAAUGAUACGGUUGAAAAAUAUGCUGUGACGUUGCCAAACUCGAACUGUAAACACGGAGCAGGCAAUAUUUCCAACUACUAUUUUUAUAGUUUUGUAAUCUUGUUUAGCAAAGCAGUUAGCUAGCUUCCUGGCUGCCGUUAGCCUAGCUAACUAACCUUUGUCAAAUUGUAAUGGCAAGUGCUACUAGUAGCGAGGCUAUUUAAUUCGCUAGUUAACUAGCUAACGUGACCUCGUGGUGAACAUUUAAUUUCAGAGGAAGGACGUGGACGAUUUCAGAAAUUCAUUUUCCGCUACAGCAUUUAGCUAGCUGCUUCAACCAUUCCUGAAGGAUUCAAGAUGGAUGAGGACUUUGGUGGGCCAUCGCCAUCCUGCUCCACUGAACCCCAACCAACACCGUCACUAGGUCCUGACGGUAACCACGGUGACCGGGACUACACACCACAGGGGCAGGGUUACCCUGGAGGCCUUGACGGCUUCAGUGAAAUACCUAGAUUUAACAUCGUAGUCAAAGAGGAGGAGGAGGAAGAAGAUUUAGAGGAGUGGAGUUUUAAUUAUACAGGAGAGAGUCCUAACCCCAGCUCUAGUGAUGAGGCAUCAGGAGUAGCUGAACAACACCAGGAGAGUCACACCGCUAAGAAGACUUUUUACCGCUGCCCGGAGUGUGGGAAAGAGUUUCCUCACCCAUCAAAACUACAGACACAUCUGAGAACACACACAGGAGAGAAACCAUAUCCUUGCUCUGUGUGCGGGAAGCGAUUCAGUGAUACAGGGACCCUCAAAACACAUGAGAGGUUGCACACAGGAGAGAAACCGUACACCUGCCCGGAAAAGGACUGUUGGAAGAGGUUUGUCAGCCAAGGAGAGUUAAAACUACACCAUCGGACACACACCGGAGAGAAACCUUGCCACUGCUCUGUGUGUGGGAAGAGUUUCUCACGUAUGUGGCACUUGAAGGUCCACAUGAUGACGCACGCCGGAGAGAAGCAGAGACUCAGCAUGAAGAAACCUUUCCCAUGCUCUGAGUGUGAGAGGGGCUGCAACUCUGCAGCAGAGCUCAAGAUGCACCAGAGGAUGCACACUGGUGAGAGACCUUACCAGUGUUCCACCUGCAAAAAGACCUUUGUUUUCCCAAGCUCUUUAACAAGACAUGAGCAAUCCCAUAUUAGCGAAGCGAAUAGUACCGCCAAGCCGUACAGCUGCUCAGAAUGUGGGAAGGAAUUCACUCAGCCAUGGACCUUAAAGAUACACAUGCGCCAGCACACCGGAGAGAAACCGUACCACUGCUCUCAGUGCGAGAAGAGGUUCUCAUCUUCGUCACUCCUUAAAAGACACCAGAGGGUUCACACCGGAGAGAAACCAUUCCAGUGCUCCGACUGCGGGAAGAGUUUCUCCUCGUCAACGAAUAGAACUAGUCACCGUCGUCGUAUCCAUGAAGGUAUACAGAGUAGGUCACAGCAGCAGGAGGUGACCUCUGUGGAUGGUACCAAUAAGGCUUGUGUUGACCAAAACAACCAGGUUGAACCCACAGCUGUAGAGGAGUCUGGUCUCAGUCUAGUACUGGAUGUCAAAGUCAAAGAAGAGGAGGAAGAUCCUGCUUUUGCAGAGAGACCUGACCAUUCCUCUGACAGUGAGGAGAGUCCCUCUACAUUAGCAGAACCUGACCAACACCAGGAGAGCAACAAAGCUCUGGGCCCUCACAUCUGUUCAACGUGUGGAAAAGAACUAUCCAGCUCCUAUAAACUAAUGCUACACCAGAGAACACACACAGGAGAGAAGCCUUACGAGUGUAUGGUGUGUGGGAAGGGCUUCUCCCAAGCCGCAAACCUCUAGACGCACCAGAAAGUGCACAGUGGAGAGAA